AGAUGGCCGGAUCUGAUCGGAUCCCCUCCUCCGAUCUCGUUGGCAUCUCGACAAAGCUCGGCGGGUCCCACCCUCCGAUCCCGGCCCGGUACUAGUUCCCGUGCCCUCCCUCCCGAGUCUCCGGGGAGGACCGGGCGAGAGUACACCCCCUCGUCGACUCCGCUCGUUCUCGCUCGCUCUGUCCCCCACGGCCCCAGAGACAGGCAGCCGCCGAAGCACGCCGCCGCUGAGCAAUGGAUUUCAAGGGGUUCUGGGAGUCCAGAUUCGGGGGCAAGAAGGAGCCGGAACAGAACGGGAGCGCUAACGGGGACGCCAACGGGGCCGCCCCAAAGAGGACCGCCGAUUUGGCGGUCUACGAGCAGUUCGAGCAGCAGGCCAGGCAGACACAGGUCCGAGCUGCUGCGAUCCGCGAUGGGAACGCUGAUGUGAUCCAGAAGCCCCUUCUGCCUCCAUUUGAGUCAGCUGAAAUGCGUAAUCUCGCGGAGACAUUAUUGAGGGAUAUUAUUCGUGGGAGUCCAGAUGUGAAAUGGGAGAGCAUCAAAGGACUAGAGAAUGCAAAACGCCUUCUAAAAGAGGCAGUUGUCAUGCCCAUAAAGUACCCAAAAUACUUCACUGGUCUCCUUUCUCCAUGGAAAGGCAUCUUACUUUUUGGCCCCCCAGGGACAGGAAAGACAAUGUUGGCAAAAGCAGUCGCUACUGAGUGCAAAACCACCUUCUUCAACAUUUCAGCAUCAUCAAUUGUCAGCAAAUGGCGUGGAGAUUCAGAGAAGCUUGUCAAAGUUCUGUUUGAGCUUGCUAGGCAUCAUGCACCAUCCACAAUAUUUCUUGAUGAAAUAGAUGCCAUUAUUAGCCAGCGUGGUGAAGCUCGUAGUGAGCACGAAGCUAGUCGUCGCUUGAAGACUGAACUACUUAUUCAGAUGGAUGGUUUGACAAAGACAAACGACUUGGUAUUUGUCCUUGCAGCUACAAAUUUACCAUGGGAAUUGGAUGCUGCUAUGCUGCGCCGGCUUGAGAAGCGGAUUCUUGUACCGCUUCCUGAAGCCGAAGCAAGGCAAGCAAUGUUUGAGGAACUUCUGCCAGAAACUACCUCAAAGCUAGAGGUCGCGUACGACGUACUAGUUGAAAAGACUGAAGGUUACUCUGGUUCAGAUAUUCGGCUUGUGUGCAAAGAAGCUGCCAUGCAACCACUGAGACGUCUCAUGUCCGUUCUUGAAGCCAGCAAUGAGUUAGUGCCAGAGGAAGAACUGCCUGAGGUUGGUCCUCUGAAGCCUGAAGAUAUCGAACUUGCUUUAAGGAACACUAGGCCAUCAGCUCAUCUCCAUGCACAUCGCUACGACAAGUUCAACCAGGACUAUGGAAGCCAGGUUCUUUGCUCAGAGCAAGCUUGAUCAGGUUGCCAUGGAACUGGAAGGGAGCUAUUCUGCCCAUGGACAUGAUGGACACCAGUUUGUUUGCGUGUUGAUGGGGUCCCAUUGUAUCAAAAUGGUUGCAUUAGUAACUAGCCUCCUCAGUAGAUUGCAAUUUGCCCAACAUUGGCUGAAUUGUGAAGUUGCUGGCAGCGCUCAUAUCUUUGUGGGGGACAUUUUUGCCAGGCUGAGAUCUUUCGCGAAACCUUACAGCAAAAAAUUGAUUCAUUGUUUAAUCACAUGUCGAAAUAAAUGUUUGGUGCCGCAGAAGAGUACUGUCUGGUUAUAUUGAACUGAAUGCGAGCAGGUCCAAGUUUUGUGCUUA